CGAAGAAACACAAAAAAGAAAAAUUUGCAAGGUGUGUGUGUGAGUGUUUGUGUGACGUCGAGGACCGUGUCUUGCCUUGGUGCGUGCGCUCUAGUAGGGACACACACAGAACACCGACGCCUGUGCGAGUAUUAGUGUAUCCUUUGGCAUUUCUGAGAGCUUGGUUGGAGUGACACGAGCGCGAGCUGAGCGAAAAGUGUACGCUUCUACCAAAAAAUAAUAAACAAGUUCAGCGUAAAGCGGCGUGAAACCCCAGCAGGAAACCCCAAUAGCCAAGCCGCACUCUGCAAUGGAGAAGAGAAUAGAGUUGGAGCGGCGAGCACGGAAGGCGAACCAGAUCCAAGAGCUGAACCUGGAUAACUGCCGUAGUACAAGCAUUGUUGGCCUUACAGAUGAGUACACCGCCUUAGAAUCACUGAGUUUGAUCAACGUGGGCCUCACCACACUGAAAGGUUUCCCCAAAUUGCCCAAUCUGAAGAAGCUGGAGCUGUCCGACAAUAGGAUUUCGAGCGGCCUCAACUAUCUGACCACCAGCCCCAAACUUCAGUAUCUGAAUUUGUCUGGGAAUAAAAUAAAGGACCUAGAAACACUGAAGCCUUUGGAGGAGUUCAAAAGUCUAGCUGUACUGGAUCUGUUUAAUAACGAUGCCACUCAAGUGGAUAACUAUCGUGAGAAGAUAUUCAAGAUGUUGCCAUCGUUAAACUUUUUGGAUGGCUUUGAUUGUAAUGACGAGGAGGCGCAGUCGGAGGGAGACGACGAUGAAGAGGUCAACGGGAACGAUUCUGAGGAAGAAGAUAAGCGCAAUGCAUUCUGUUUGAAUGGGUUAGAAAUCGAUUUAGACGAGCUCGAGGAGCUGGAGCAGCGCGUAAAGGCGAAAAAGAGUUUGCAGGAAAAACCACCUGCGCCCUCAGAGGACACUGAAGUAGACGAAUUAGAUGAAUAUUUAAAAGAAUUGCAGCUGAGAGAAUCGAAAGCAGCAACAGACCGACAAUCUGUGAUAGAGGCAGACCCUGCAACAAUUCAACGACCAAAUAGAAACCCAAACAUAAAUUUCGCAAUCCUACUCUAUUGGUUUUUAGCAAUUUUAAAUCUGGCCAAUGCAACAUAUUUUUCCGGGGAUGAUGACGAAGAGGAUGGAGACAGCGAUGACAGUGAUGAGGAUGGCGACAAUGGCGAGGUCUCCCUGUCGGAGGUGUAUAAUGAUGAUUUGGAGGAGGACAAUUCCGACUGGGAGGAGGGGGAGGGUGGAGGCGACGACGAUGAGGAGGACUCUGAUAUUGAUGACGCCGAUGGUGAAGCAAAUGAGUCGAGCGCUUCACUGAAUGCCUCCAAGAAGGAACCCGAGAAGACGGAUGAGUCGCAAGCCAGGGGCAAAAAGAGAAAGCACGAUGGCUAAGCUCUUGAUCUAUCGCUGUAUCGUCUUUGUACGUUUUAAAUUUAAAUACACCGACACUGACAUAUACACACGGCAACACACAUCAUGUUUUGAUAGAAAAAAGAUGACUAAAAACCAUUAGGAACCCACAUUUGUUUCUUUAAAAUGUAAGCUAACUAGAUCGAAAACAGACACAGAAGAAUAAGAAAAUGGAGAACGUACUAAUCAAAACAAAAAUACAAAACAAAAUAAGAAAUAUGUUUAAGCGAACACUAAGAAGUGAGGAAAAGAAACCAACAAACACACACACAUUACAUUACUAUAGCCUCAUCCGAAGCCAGGAUCCAACUCCAAUUAAGUAAAAUUUGUCAAUAUGGAAAAUUGCUUGAAAAAGUUGUAAAAUUGCUUAGCAUUAAGUUACAAAAUCUAUAACUAUGAACUAUGUACAAUUUGUCGGAUCGAGUCGAUCCUCUCCCAUCUAGCGUUUCAACAAACAACACAAAACAAAGCCAAUUGCUUGUAUCAUCAGAAAAAAAAUUACGUUCUUUUUUUAAACUUUCAACUUUUUCAAUGUUUUGCUGUCUACACAAUUACUGCUAAGAACUUUUAACUAACUCUUAAGUCAUUCCUUCUUUGAAUGUAGAUAAGUUAAGCGAAAUCUACUUUCCCCUCCCGAUUCGCGGGUAAACGAACGCAAGUCCGGCCCACAGUUUACAGCAUUUUCAUUGUUAUCCAUCUCUCUAGCCUUACCUUACCCUCUAUAUGUAUCCAUUAUUAUAUAUCUCUCUAUUCACUUCACCCCCGCCCCACAUACUGUUAAGUAAAACGAAAUGUUUUUCACUGAUUGAGGCACAUCAAACUACAUAAACGCAUGUGUUUUAGGACGGAAUUUUCUUUUAAUAAACAAGUACGAGUAUGCAACAAUUACAAUUAA